AAAAAUAUUACCACGUGUUAUUUCACUUAAUCUGAAGUGAAAUUUUACAGCUGGAUAAUAGAUUAGGGUGGAAAGGAGAGCUGAUUUUUACCUAGAUUCUAUAGACUGCCCAUCUAUCUUAAACUUAAGAAAGAAACAUUCUACCAGGUAUGAAGCAUUGCUUGUUACUAGCAAUUUUGCAUUUCUGUGCAUGGAGAUUAUUUGCUCUUGAACAGGAAUGUCCCCAUCCAGAAGACAGUUAUCCGUGCUACUGCGAGGAAGAUGAGGAUCGCACAACUAUGCAUUGCAAUUACCUUCAAGAUAAUAAACAGAUUCGGGAUGGAUUAGGCAGACUUACUGAUUAUAAAAUCAGUACAGUUUCCAUAUGGAUGUUUGACACCGGAGUCAUCAAAUCAGAUGCUUUCAAGGGACCACACAUAAAUGAAAUCGUAUUCAGCCAUUCAACGGUAAAUAUGGAAUCUCCCCCUUUCCUAGGACAAGAAAAUUCAUUAAGCAGACUAACUUUCUUGUCUUGCUUUGACGAAGAAGAUCUGGUAGGUUCUUAUUCAUUGGGCCACUUGAACAGUUUAAAGGAAAUCUCAUUCGAAAAGAAUGACAUCAAAGUAUUGAAAAAUGAUUGGAUUACUUCUUCUGGGCCUAUUCUUAGAUCCGUUACAUUUGAUAACUGUAAAAUUGAAAGAAUGGAAGAUAAAGUGUUUUCUAAGCUGACGUCAUUGACAACGAUUUUCCUAAUGGACAAUAAAAUUACCAGCAUAUCUCGAUCUAUGUUUCCCAUGCCAGCAGAAAAUUUGCGGUCUAUUAGUAUGAAUGACAACAACAUUGAAUCACUUCCAGAUGAUAUUUUUAAAGACAUGCCAAGUUUAAGGACUGUAGAAUUAGAGCGAAACAAUCUUAAAACACUUAGUCAAGGAGCUUGGGGGAAAAUUAUUGAAAAUUUAUCACGAGUUUAUUUAGAAGAUAACCCCAUACGCUGUGAUAUAGAUUUAAAGUGGAUAAGUAAGAAAGUUUUGCCCAAAACUUUCACUGGAACAUGCAGUGAGCCUGCAAAAUUGAAAAAUAAACCAAUUCGUGUCUUGACGCCUGCUGAUUUCCACUAAUAUAUGAAACUUGUCAGUAUUAAAUAAAAAUAUAUUAUAGGUAUUUAUCUCUUCAUGA